AGCCUCGAAUUUCGUUCAAGAAUGCCUCAAUUUUUGAAAGGAGUCACUUUGGAGAACCGCGAGGGCGAUGAGCUUCCAGCUGAGGAGCAUCUUAAGGGAAAGAUAAUCGGACUAUACUUCUCCGCGAGUUGGUGCCCACCAUGCCGUGCUUUUACCCCAAAACUCAAGGAAUUCUUUGAAGAAAUUAAGAAGACCCAUCCAGAAUUCGAGAUAAUCUUUGUCUCUCGUGACCGGAAUUCUUCGGAUCUUGUCACUUAUUUCAAGGAACAUCAGGGAGAAUGGACUUAUAUUCCGUUUGGAAGUGAUAAGAUUAUGUCCCUGAUGCAAAAAUACGAAGUCAAGACAAUUCCAGCCAUGAGAAUUGUAAAUGAUCAGGGAGAAGUGAUUGUUCAGGAUGCUCGGACUGAAAUUCAGAAUAAGGGAGAGAAUGUUGAAGGCCUGUGGGCUGAGUGGAUGGCUUUGAUCAAGUGAUUCUUGCAUAAUUAUUUGAAUUUUUUUGAAAAAUCUAUAAUUCCUAGCUUUUAGAAUAUUUUGCACUUAAAUAUUUCGAUAAAAUUUUUUUAAUCGC